AUGAAGCGAGGCGUGCAGCAGGCGAAGAGCCUCCACGUGCUGCAGCGGCUGCUUGGCCCCGUUGUUGCGCUGUACAUCUCUCGAUGCCGAGCGAAAGCCGAUGUGGCGCGUGAGGCGUCGCUGUAUCAUGCACCCAGCAUAGACGCCCUCAGGCAGCUUCCGAUCCUUGCAAAAUGGCCAGACUCAGCACUACAGAAGUGGCUGUCACACGGAGUGAUGGUGGCUUACAGAAAGGGAACAUGCAUUGGGUUCGCAUGUGAGCCACCGCAAGCAGCGCGUGUUUACUGGGUGCUCACUGGCAAAGUCGCUCAAGUACCGGCGAAGAGCGAGCUGCGCGAGUGUGCUUGUGAGCUCCCGCACCUGCCGCCAAACGCACCGAAGACUGGCCCAGUGGUGCUGCCGGCUCACUUUCUGGAGAAUGCAGCGAAGGCGGCACUGCCCUCUCUCACCUCCACCCAGGAGCGCAUCAAGGAAUCACUGGCGACGUACCAUGCCGGUCACCUUGUCGAUGCCGAGAGGCUGCUGCUCGGUGGUGGAAGGCAGCGCUCGCUUCGAUGUCAGACAGACGCCGUUAUGUUGAGCUUUCCAUUUUCGCUUUUCUUGAGAGAAGUUCAGUGUUUACCUGGCCCUGUGCGAAGCGAUGUCAUCGAUGUCGCACGCACCGUUGUUCAGCGUACCAUGGCGCAGUUUGGUGUGAUGCCAUCCGUGCACUCCCUAACCUCGGCGAAUCCGGUCCUGCAAAGUAUUCCGCCAAGAGAUCUGAGAGCCCUGCGUCUUCAGCUGAGACCGUUCGUGUUUCUGCAAUUCGACGUCAUCUGUCACGAUUUGGCGAACUCAGACAAAGUCUUUUUCCUCAGCCUCGGCACGGUACUCAUCGAAGACUGCAGAGGCUGCUCAUCGACGAUUACAUCGAAGGUGUCAACUGCCGUCGGGCUGGAGACGUUUGUGCCGUGCCGCUUUCCGGACUACUACGAUCAGAAGCUGCGGGCAAAGGCGGCUACGUACUGUGAGAUGUGGUGCAUCCCCACCGCCGCGCUGCUCGUCUUGUGCAGCGCUGAAACACAGCUCCGCUGCGCGCAAGCAGCUAAGCAACUCUUGGGCAACAAAACGAGCCGGCUCACGCCAGCAUCCGCGCUGCGUACAUGCCCUUGCUUCACUGGCGUCUCCGAGGCGGCCAUCGCUGUCGUCGCUCGAGCGCUGGAGGUGCGGGUGCACUGUGCGGGUGACACCAUUGUCGCCUCGAAGCGAGCGCCUAGCACGGGCAUUCUCGUAGUAGCCGGAGUCGUGGUCGUGCACUCGAACAGGAAAAAAGCUUCCGAGCCUCUGUGCACAGGCCAGGCUCGCUACUUUUGCGAGUGCUUUGUGAAGAUGGCGCUAGAGGAGUCGGUGAUCUCGCAGAGCAGCUCUCUUGUGCUGCACGGGUCUCCUGGAAGAAUAUUUGAGCUCAUGGAGGAGCUCAACACUGCGUCAGACGACAUCAAAAUCAUGUUGGACAAUGCACAAGACUACGUGAAUGGCCAGUAUGGGGCUGGGGCCAGCAACCUCAGCAAGGCGCAAAAUGCAGCAGCCGAGCGUGUAAAGGCGUACAAGCGUCGCCGCGCGGGAGCUGCGCCGACAGCGUCUCCACCAAGCACCAGCGUCGACGCCGUCGACAACCUCACCGUUGUGGAGAAUGAGCUCUUGGUCAGCCUGGCAUUGCAGUUGCAGGCGCUGCACCCCAACACAGCAGACGAAGCAAAAUUCGACGUCUUUCGGGUAGGGGAUCUGACGAUGGUGGACGACGACGCUCUGACCGAUUCUCGCCCAGCUGCAGAGUGCUUUUCCCUUGACGACGAAGGAAGGCUUGUCACCUGUGCCUUGCCAGCACUCGUUGCUUCUGCGCGCCCCUUGACAGAGGUCCCUGUGGCUCCCUCACCCGCCAUUGCUGCACCAAGAGCCGACGUAGUCGCUGCGUCAUUGCAGCAGCGAGAGAAAACGAAAGAGACGAGGUCUUCAACGCAGGAGACGGCAGCUGUUGUGUCUCAAUCACUGCGCACAGCUGUGCGUGCGUCGGCCCCCGCGGCAGCUGGACGGCGCAGUGUGCCAUCUCCCCGUCUUACCGCGUUGCGCACCACCGCAACGCGACUCCGAGAAGAAGCAGAUGGCGUAGACAGGCGAAGAGAGUAUCAACGUCAGCUGCUGCGCGUGAAGCACCCUCUGUGA